AUGGGAUCUGGUUUGAACACUGCAUUAUCUCGGAAGUACAGUGGUUUGGAGCUCUGGGAGAUUAUAGUGAUUGUUCUCUCUGCUAUUUUCGUUGUAGUGUUAGCUAUAUCACUAUGGCUUACUUUCAGAAGAAAAAGCUCUAGAUCCUCUUCCAACCAAAUCCCUGUUAGCCGCCAGCUUCCUCCAACUGUUUCCGAAGAGAUUAAAGAGAUUAGAGUGGAUGAAGUUUCCUCAAGCAAUGGUGGUGGUGGUGGUGGCAAUGAAUAUCCUUCCAUAAGCGAGAAGUUUGGGCAUAAAGAACCUGAAAAAGGGAUAGUAGUAGCAGAUUCAGAGAAUGGUGAUAGUAGCAGGUCAGGCUCGUUUAAUCACUUGGAGAAGAAUAAAGAUGGAUCAAGCGUGUCUUCUGCUAAUCCUAUGACUGCUCCUUCUCCUUUGUCUGGUCUCCCUGAGUUCUCUCACCUAGGAUGGGGACAUUGGUUUACUCUCAGAGAUCUUCAGAUGGCUACAAACCAGUUCUCGAGGGAGAAUAUAAUUGGUGAUGGUGGGUAUGGAGUUGUGUACCGUGGUAACCUUGUUAAUGGUUCUCCUGUUGCUGUCAAAAAGUUGCUCAACAAUCUAGGGCAAGCUGACAAAGACUUCAGAGUAGAGGUUGAAGCUAUAGGUCAUGUUCGUCAUAAAAACUUGGUUCGUCUACUUGGAUAUUGCAUGGAAGGAACGCAGAGGAUGCUGGUGUAUGAGUAUGUUAACAAUGGGAACUUGGAGCAAUGGCUACGUGGAGACAAUCAAAACCAUGAGUAUCUUACAUGGGAGGCACGGUUAAAGAUUCUUAUUGGAACAGCCAAAGCGCUUGCUUACCUUCAUGAGGCGAUUGAGCCAAAAGUGGUGCACAGAGACAUAAAGUCAAGCAACAUUCUGAUUGAUGAUAAAUUCAAUUCUAAGAUCUCUGACUUUGGACUUGCGAAGCUGCUUGGUGCUGAUAAAAGUUUUAUAACUACUAGAGUUAUGGGUACCUUUGGGUAUGUAGCUCCAGAGUAUGCAAACUCUGGUCUUCUGAAUGAGAAAAGUGAUGUCUAUAGUUUUGGUGUUGUACUCUUGGAAGCUAUUACUGGUAGAUAUCCUGUAGACUAUGCUCGUCCACCACCUGAGGUACAUUUGGUGGAAUGGUUGAAGAUGAUGGUUCAACAGAGACGAUCAGAAGAAGUGAUUGACCCAAACCUCAACACAAAACCAUCUACAAGUGCAUUGAAAAGAACACUCUUGACUGCUUUGAGAUGUGUUGAUCCAAUGUCUGAGAAACGACCUAGGAUGAGCCAAGUUGCUCGUAUGCUUGAAUCCGAAGAAUACCCAAUUCCUAGAGAGGAUAGAAGAAGACGAAAGAGUGAGAACGGAGCAACAAGAGAUUCAGAUCCUCCUAGGAACAGCACAGACACUGACAAGAGUGAGUUCCAUGACCAAAAGCCUGAAGCUGGAUAA